CCCGCCCCCGCCCCCGCCUCCGCCUCUGCUCUGCCCUGCUCUGGGUGGGGUCGGGCCCGGCCAUGGAGGCCGAGGAGACGAUGGACUGCGUCCAAGAAUUCCCCGACCACCACAAAGUCAUCCUGGACCGCCUCAAUGAGCAGCGCGAGCAGGACCAGUUCACCGACAUCACCCUCAUCGUCGACGGUCAUCAUUUCAAGGCCCACAAGGCUGUUCUGGCUGCAUGCAGUCAGUUCUUUUACAAAUUCUUUCAAGAUUUCACUCAGGAACCUUUGGUGGAGAUAGAAGGUGUAAGUAACAUGGCUUUCCGUCAUUUAAUUGAGUUCACGUAUACAGCAAAGCUAAUGAUACAAGGGGAAGAAGAAGCCAAUGAUGUGUGGAAAGCUGCCGAAUAUCUCCAGAUGCUAGAAGCUAUCAAAGCACUUGAAGUCAGGAACAAAGAAAAUGCCUCACCCAUAGAGGAAAAUACGACAUCAGAAAAAGCGAAAGCAAAAAAGAGGAAGAUUGCCGAAACGUCAAACGUGAUAACGGAGACUUUGCCGUGUGCGGAAUCGGAGCCCGUUGAAAUUGAGGUGGAGAUCGCCGAAGGGACAACUGAAGUGGAAGAAGAUAGCAUGGAAACCCUAGAAGUAGCUUCAGCGGGACGGUCUAUAAAGUAUAUUCAAAGCACAGGUUCCUCUGAUGACUCUGCUUUAGCUUUGUUGGCUGAUAUUACCAGCAAGUACCGCCAAGGGGAUAGGAAGGGGCAGAUUCAAGAAGAUGAUGGCACAGCAACUUAUCCCACAAGCAAACAGGUAGUAGGUAUUGAAAUUGUGGAGCUUCAGCUGUCACAUGUGAACAACUUGUUCCACUGUGAGAAAUGUAACCGUUCAUUUAAAUUGUUUUACCAUUUUAAGGAACACAUGAAAUCACACUCUACUGAGAGUUUCAAGUGUGACAUAUGCAAUAAAAGGUAUCUGCGGGAAAGCGCAUGGAAACAACACCUCACCUGCUACCACCUUGAAGAAGGUGGAGCCAGCAAGAAGCCAAGGCCUGGGAAAAAAAUACACGUGUGUCAGUACUGUGACAAACAGUUUGACCAUUUUGGACAUUUUAAAGAGCACCUUCGCAAACACACAGGUGAAAAACCUUUUGAAUGUCCAAACUGCCAUGAACGCUUUUCUAGAAAUAGCACCCUCAAAUGUCACCUGACAGCCUGCCAUUCUGGCGAGGGAGCUAAAAAGGGAAGAAAGAAGCUUUAUGAAUGUCAGGUCUGCAACAGUGUGUUCGACAGCUGGGACCAGUUCAAAGAUCACUUGGUGAUCCACACAGGAGAAAAACCCAACCAUUGUACCUUAUGUGACUUAUGGUUUAUGCAAGGAAAUGAAUUGAGCAGGCACCUCAAAGAAAUUCACAACAUUUCGGAACGGAUAGUGACCGAGGAAGUCCUUCCCGUCGAAACGGUGGAACCGGAGCCCGUGACAUCAAUGACUAUUAUAGAACAGGUGGGGAGAGUCCACGUGUUGCCGUUGCUUCAGGUACAGGUGGACUCCGCACAGGUAACUGUAGAACAGGUCCAUCCGGAUCUGUUACAGGACAAUCAAGUGCAAGGAACACAAAUGGAGGAACUCUCAGAAGAGGUCCAAGUCAGUUACUUGGAGGUGGGGCACAUUCAGACGGAAGAAGGUACGGAGGUGCACGUGGAGGAGCUGCAUGUGGAACGUAUAAAUCAGCUGCAGAUGGAGGUGCAGGCCGAACUUCUCGAAGAGGCUGAGCUCCAGCAAGUGGACCCUGAAAUCCUGGACCAGGGAGCUCUAGGAGAUGCUCAACUAGAACAGACAGCUGCUGCCCCGCCUGGCGAGGAACAUCAGGAAGAUGCCGAAAGUUUAAAUACUGAACCGUUAGUCGAUACGCAGCCUGUAAAGGCCGUGAACUAAGAGCGAACAGUUGUGCUGGUUUUAGAACAAAAUACCAAAUGAAUAUUUUUUUAAUUUACGUCAGGGGUGGGCAGAAGGAGGCUGGUGCGGACCACAGUCAGCUCUCCUGUAAAAGACUGUCCUUAGGGAAUCAGGCAGGUGGACCAAAGCUCAAAUGUUUCCUACACUGCUGAACUGCUCAUUUUUGUACUGAACAGAAUUUUUUCUAAAUGGAUAGCCUGAAGAAGUCAAUAGAAGCUUAAAUGGAUUGCAGCCGUGCCCUACUUUGGGGUAUGAAUGUAGCUACUUUCAUUGUGCUGAGAUUUUUCAGUUUCCUAUUCCCCAGAGCAGGCUCUUUUUAAAGCAAUCAUCAUAGAAACUGCAUACUGACGUGUCAUUAAAAUGCGUUUUCCCAUUCAUGUAUUCUAAUGCAUGUUUGGAAAUGUAUGAUCUGGAUGGAUAAAAGCACAUUUGUUCCUGUGCAGGUAGAAAUUUAGCUUCUGGCUUUUUUCAGUUGGAACAGCAUUUCCACCCAACCCCCCCCCCCCGCACCCUCCCCCAAAUGCUUGCAAAUGCAGAUUCUGGAUCAGAAAAAGAGAGAAAUAGGUGCUGAUAAAGAUUUCAGAGUGCAGUCCCUCUCCAGCCCCCCAACCCGUGUGCCUUCUCAUAAUUGACUAACGACAUUUCUACAAAGCAAAGCUCCUUUAGUUCUUUAAAAUUUUUGUGAUUAAAAAGCAGAGUAGAUAGUGUUAUAGUGCUUUAUAUUUUUGCUUAUAAUUAUCAGUUACCGAUUCUUUUUUAUUUAAAUUUAGAUUGAAAUAGAUUCUAUGCGAUGGCAUUUUUUUUUUCCAAGAAUCCAUUUACCACAAUUGGAAAAAUUCAGCUCUUACCUGUGGUGAAUCUUACGUGGAUAAAAAUUGCACUAGUAUUUUACUAUCACAUGGAAACAAAAAUGGGAAAGAGCAUAAAAAUUAACGUAUUUAAAAGCAAUUACAAAGAAAAUACUGUGUGUAUAUAAUAUACCAGGCUUUUGGUUUUUGAAAUGGACUUUUCCCCUCCUCCCCCAAUCCAGUAUGUAAAGAUCCUUGUGCUAAAAAUUUUAAAGCCAUAUAUGAGUGCUAAACUGUGGAUUUAAAAAAGAAAAUAGGAGUGUAAAUAUUUUAAAUCAGUAUUACUUGGAAAAUAAACAACCAACUACAGAAAAUAAAUCACUGUGCUGCCAUUGACUUUAUCUCUUGAACAACUUGAGACAAAGGACAGCACAAAUUUUAAAGUAGUCAGUUCUCCCAAAACGUGAUAUAGAAUGAUGUUGAGGAACUAGGUCAUGUUCUGACAGCAUGAGGCAGUUCAGAAGAAAUGGUUUUGGUGCAGAGUUGAUCAAGACCUGAAUGUUAUAAUAUGAUUUCUCUGAACAUGUUUUUCAUGAACACAGCUCCCACGUUAUAGGAGAACUGACUGAAAUAGACUGUUGUGGAUCUAACCAUGUUAUUUAUCAGAAUUCAUUUGAUUGAAGUUGAUUUUCAGUUAAUGUACAUGGUGUAAAAAGCGGGCAGGGCAGAACAUUUAAAUCCAAGCCUAAAAUGAAUGCCAUCAGGAAAAGGUAAAGCCAAUGAGAAUUGGUACGGGUGUAUCAGAUUUGAAGGAAAAUGUUUACAUUUCAUCCCAAUCAUUGAUGGACUAAAGGAUUUAUCAGGUGGUAAUAGUGGUAUUUAGGGCUUACUAAACUCCUGGGAAAGGAAUACCUAGGUGAAGUGUAGACAGGGUCUUUGGCCCCCAAGGGGCUCACAAUCGAAGAAGGUGGAGGGGGUUGACUACAGACAUGUCAGGAAAGAACAAAAACAGGAAGGGAAAGGGAAUUCUAAAGAAGGAUAUCCUGUUAUCCUUAUUAUUUUCAUGUUAAAAGCACUUGAUGUGGAGAGAAACCUUUUGGAAAUAUUUAAAGUGUCCGUGAUAGGAAUGGUACUCGUGGAAUAUACCUGAAAAAUAAAUUCAGAAUAAAUCAACUUUCCAGAAAUUCUAGCUCUGAGAGGUUGAGGAGCGAGAGAACCGUAGAAGAGGAAGACCUGAAAGAUAAUUUGCUUGUUAAGCAUUUUCCUACGUGGACUGUGCCGUAUGGAUCUUUCUGUCAUAAGGGGGUGGUUUGUAUUUCAAGCCUAUUGUAGAAGGGAAAUUGCAUUCCUAGCAACCAUUGAUUGAGCAGGAGUUAAUGGGCAAGGGGGUGGCUAGGUCAAAGAAACCUCCAUGGCCGUCGUGAGAAGUACCAAAUUGCUUUAUCAAUGAAUGAUACCUCGUACCUUUGCCACUGAUUAUUUUAUUGUAUUAAAUACUGUAAAGUUGAAAAAUGCCGAGACAAGGCAGAGUGUAGGAAAAUUGGCCGCUUCAUUCCUUGAUCCAUACCAAAUACAAUCAUUUCCCCUUAA